GAGUUUUGAUUGGUCCGCGCCCGAGAGGCCGGGCGGACGUCUCCAUGUGACCCCCGGUUCGACAUGGCGGCGUCCUUGGCACGGCGAUUGCCGCGCUUACUGCCCAUCCGUUUCCGAAGCCGCUGCCUCUCGCUCCAGGAAACGCCAAGACCGGCUAGGGAGAGGAACCUCGGUAGCCCUGGUGGGGUCCAGAGCCGCCCCCGGAACCUUCUAUAUGAGCACGUGCGUGAGGGCUACAGCGCGCGCCCCCAGCUGGACAUGGAGAGGCUGUGCGCGCACCCAGAGGAGGCUGCGCGCUCCUUGCAGCACCGCAAGGGGGAGCUGAGACCCGAGGACCUGUCGGAGAUUAUUUCUACUUGGCAAUGCCUGGGAAGACUAAGGGAAGAGAUCCGGGCUCUGGAGGAAGAGAAGGCAGCCGUGGCCCAGAAGAUCAAAGCUCUAGUGGUCAGCCAGGACAAGGAUUCCCUCCAACAGGAUCCCAUCUAUCAGAACAUGCGAACCCAGGGAAGGUUGAUCCGGACACGUCUGGCAGCCCUGUAUGCUGACGAGGCCCAUCUAGAGGAGCUUUUCUACACCCGAGCCCUCCGACUCCCCAACCAGACCCACCCUGAUGUGCCUGUCGGUGAUGAGAGCCAAGCCCGGGUCCUGGAGGUGGUUGGAGAGAAGCCAACCUUCACCUUCCACCCCCGAGGCCACUUGGAGAUUGGGGAGAAGCUAGAUAUCAUCCGGCAGAAGCGCCUGUCCCACGUGUCUGGCCAGCGAUCCUAUUACCUUCUUGGCUCAGGGGCCUUGCUGCAGCACGCCCUGGUCAGCUUCACCCUCAGCAAACUUGUCCAAAGGGGCUUCACAGCCAUGACGGUACCAGACAUGCUCAGAGGAGCUGUGUUUGAGGGCUGUGGAAUGAGCCCCAAUGCUAGUCCUUCUCAGAUCUACAACAUUGAUCCUUCCCGAUUUGAGGAUCUCAACCUGGCGGGGACAUCAGAGGUGGGGAUUGCAGGAUACUUCAUGGAUCAUGCAGUGUCUUGGAAGGACCUGCCCAUCAGGGUGGUCUGUUCCAGCACCUGCUAUCGGGCAGAAACGCACACAGGGAAAGAACCUUGGGGGCUUUUCAGAGUCCACCACUUCAACAAGGUAGAGAUGUUUGGGCUGACGUGUUCAGAGACAGAGCACAGCUCUGGGCUGCUAGAGGAGUUUGUGUCUUUGCAGAAGGAGAUCCUGACAGAGCUGGGCCUGCACUUCCGAGUCUUGGACAUGCCCACCCAAGAGCUUGGCCGUCCUGCCUACCGCAAGUUUGACAUCGAAGCCUGGAUGCCAGGCCGUGGCUGCUUUGGGGAGGUCUCCAGUGCCUCAAACUGCACAGAUUUCCAAAGCAGGCGACUUCAUAUAAUGUAUGAGACACAGAUGGGAGAUUUGCAGCAUGUGCAUACGGUCAAUGGGACAGGCUGUGCAGUACCUCGAAUCCUCAUCGCCCUCCUGGAAAGCAACCAGCAGGAGGAUGGCUCAGUGAUGGUGCCCGAUGUCCUCCAGCCCUACAUGAGCACUGACCGGAUCUCCACCCCAACACGCACCCGCCUCAGAUACAUUGGUCCCAAUCAGCCCCGGGCCUCCUGACCCUGGACACCUGUGUGUCCACUUCCGGGCUCUUUGGUCGUUAGCCGGGGGAUACCUGCUCUGCCCCCAUUGGUCCCUUUAGCACUGAAUGAGGCUGAAGGCACCAUUUGGACACCAAAUGAGGACUUGAUGAGGAAGCCCAGCCUUGCUUUACAGGCCUCACUUACAGAGCAGUGGGGAUAGCUCAGGCCCCCUGAGUCCCUGGUGUCACCCUAGGGAAGGAAGAAGUUGGCGGGGGGAGUGCCAUUCUAUUCUGUCCCUUUCUUUUCCUAUGAGCACAAUAAACUCCAGUGUGGCUACACCCGUGUCUGUGUUC